CCAAGGACCAGGCUUAUUUUCUUGAAAAGGCUCCAGGCUUCGGCUUGGAAAAUCCAACCGCCAAAAUUGAGCCCAGCAGCUGGAGCGGCAGCGAGAGCCCUGCCGAAAACAUGGAAAGGAUGAGUGACUCUGCAGAUAAGCCGAUUGACAAUGACGCGGAAGGGGUCUGGAGCCCCGACAUUGAGCAGAGCUUUCAGGAGGCCCUGGCUAUCUAUCCGCCAUGUGGGAGGAGGAAAAUCAUCUUAUCAGACGAAGGCAAAAUGUAUGGUAGGAAUGAAUUGAUAGCCAGAUACAUCAAACUCAGGACAGGGAAGACGAGGACCAGAAAGCAGGUGUCUAGUCAUAUACAGGUCUUAGCAAGAAAGAAAGUUCGAGAAAUUCAAGCCGCCAUUAAGGUGUCUAGUCACAUUCAGGUUCUUGCCAGAAGGAAAUCUCGUGAUUUUCAUUCCAAGCUAAAGGUAACAAGCAUGGAUCAGACUGCAAAGGAUAAGGCCCUCCAGCACAUGGCCGCCAUGUCGUCAGCCCAGAUCGUCUCGGCCACUGCCAUUCACAACAAGCUGGGGCUGCCUGGAAUCCCGCGCCCCACCUUCCCGGGGGCUCCGGGGUUCUGGCCUGGAAUGAUACAAACAGGGCAACCAGGAUCCUCUCAAGAUGUCAAGCCCUUCGUGCAGCAGGCCUACCCCAUCCAGCCUGCAGUCACAGCCCCCAUUCCAGGGUUUGAGCCUGCGUCAGCCCCAGCUCCCUCUGUCCCUGCCUGGCAGGGCCGCUCCAUUGGCACAACCAAGCUUCGCCUGGUGGAAUUUUCAGCUUUUCUCGAGCAGCAGCGAGACCCAGACUCGUACAACAAACACCUCUUCGUGCACAUUGGGCAUGCCAACCAUUCUUACAGUGACCCAUUGCUCGAAUCAGUGGACAUACGUCAGAUUUAUGACAAAUUUCCUGAAAAGAAAGGUGGCUUAAAGGAACUAUUUGGAAAGGGCCCUCAAAAUGCCUUCUUCCUCGUAAAAUUCUGGGCCGAUUUAAACUGCAAUAUUCAAGAUGAUGCUGGGGCUUUUUAUGGUGUAACCAGUCAGUACGAGAGUUCUGAAAAUAUGACAGUCACCUGUUCCACCAAAGUGUGCUCCUUUGGGAAGCAAGUAGUAGAAAAAGUAGAGACAGAGUAUGCAAGGUUCGAGAAUGGCCGAUUUGUGUACCGAAUAAACCGCUCCCCGAUGUGUGAAUAUAUGAUCAACUUCAUCCACAAGCUCAAACACUUACCAGAGAAAUAUAUGAUGAACAGUGUUUUGGAAAACUUCACUAUUUUAUUGGUGGUAACAAACAGGGAUACACAAGAAACUCUGCUCUGCAUGGCCUGUGUAUUUGAAGUUUCAAAUAGUGAACAUGGAGCACAACAUCAUAUUUACAGGCUUGUAAAGGACUGAACGUGGUUAUUUAUAUAUAUAGAUAUCUGUAUAUAUAUACACACAUACGUGCACACACACACUCUCCAUUAUCGAACGACUGACUGUAAACCUCACCACACAGGUGGUGCCCUGGCCCCGAGGUCACCCCGACUUUUCUAAAUCCUGUUUGAGUGAAGUCAUUUUUUUCAUGUGUUCAUAUUAUCAUUGUAGCUGUGAAGUUCUGGUACAGUUGUAAAAAGAGAAAUCGAGAUGUUUCUAUGUGUUCUUCAGAUCUGCAGCCCACAAUUCCUCGGGAAAGGUGAACCUUAAUAACCCGUCUCGCUCUGCGGAGACCUCCUUAUUGUGGUAGAAAAUAUUAAGACAGAGCAUUGGCCAUGGGACAUUCACUGCCUUUAUACAAAUGUAUUUAGUUCUUCUUUUUCCAACAUAAAAUUCUUGUUUUAAGAUACAAGUAAAAUUAAUCUUUAAAUAUAAAUGUAAAUUAGUACACAAAACUAAGAAUCUUUAGACUUAUCUUUGUAACUAAUUAGGGUGGAAGUUAUGAAAGAAUGUAAUUCACUAAAUUAUUUUUUAAAUGAAAUCUUUCUUUCUUUUUGAAACCAAAUGUUAAACUAUAGCCUUAAGAAAUGCUUGGUAGAAAUACCCUAAUGAGACAAAUUUGUACUUUUUUCCUCAAGGUUAAAACUAAUCUCCUAAUCCAUUAAACUCUUGAACAGAUAUUACAAAGGAAGAAAAUUUUACCCUUUAUCCUUAACGUAUAUAGUAUAUUUAAAAAUGUAAAAUUGUAUUGUACUAAUGUGAUGAUUGAUUAUUUAAUGAAAAAAAUGGCUCUUUUGCAAUAAGUAGAUAAAUACUGAAAAAUCUAAACUUAAAAUGUUUAUAGUCUUGUGUGCAGUUAUAUUUUAUAUGGACAACCAAAAUUUUUAUUAAGAUGAGUAAAUAUUUGAAAUUUAAUAGCAAAAUUUUAAAUUGGCAUGAAUACUGCACUGUGAGCUGCAAAGUAUAGAGAAUCCUGUGGCUGGGAGAAAAUUUCCUCAACCAAACAAAUAAAAAAAGGCUCAUCAGGUUUAGCGUCUCUGCUCUCCAGAAAAUUGCAAGCAUCCUCACCAGCCUGUGGAUAAAUCGUUCCUCUCUAGUGACCCAAUAUACAUAGGAACCUGCAGUGACUAUAGCUGUGUGCGUGUGUGAGCAUGCUCACUGCAUAUGCACACUUACACACAUACGUGGUUACUCAACACUCUGUUGAACAUCCAUUUGGUGUUGCUCAGUUUGUAAGGUGCUGACAAGUAUUGUUUCCCAGUCUGUAUCUAUUGACUUAGCUAGAUUCUCUCUAAGGACAUCCAAUUCCUUCACAUCUCUCAACAGGUGACAGUGGCACUUGUUUGACUUAGGUUUAAGAGGCCCAGCUCCUUCUCUCUGACCUUUUCAAACAGGCUCAGUCUCUUUCCAGGAGAGAUUCAAGUUUCCAGUCCAGAUAUUCCAAAGUAUUGCCCAGGCAAGUUGGUUUCAUGUGACCACCAUGUCUUGGGUUAUUUCCAUAAGUGCUUCACUGUGGGAGAGCAGAGGGGACUCUACCCCUCAACUUUCCAGAGGAAAAUGGUGUUUUUAUAACUGUUAGGUGAUUUCUGAACACAGUAGAACAUGAAAUACGCUUUGUAAGUUGUAAAGAAUUUAAGAUUUUUUUCACCAAGGCUAGAAGAUAAAAACAUAGUUCUACUACAUCCAAGUAACUUACACAUCGCCCUCCCUUGGCCACCACCUGCCCUGGCCUCGCUUGUCCUUUGUUCAGAUCUUGUAGUCAUGAGUGUGACCACGUAGCUGGCCCAUGGCAAACAGCACAGCGCUGGACUAAGCCUGGCCUCUCCCUUACCCUGCCUAGUCACUGGGAAGAACAGAGCAGGAUGUGCAGACUUUCUCAUUUGGAAUUCAAGUCUGUUAAUAAACCAGCAGGGCAGUGUUCCUCUGCCCCUAAAACAAGACUGCCUUUGUUCCCUGUUCCAAUCUGGACUUUGGAGAAUUGCCCCAGUGUCCCACUCUUCAGUGUGGUCUUCAGCCCAAGCACUUACGCAUCUUCUGCAGUCCUGAGCUUGACCGUAACUUCUGAUGAACACACCUCUUAGGGGUGUUUCUUUGACUUCUAUUCCCUGCGUCUUUCAUCAAGGGAACCCUCAUUCUUCUAAGACCAGGACUUAGAAGCUGGUGCAGAUGAGCCCAUGUAGCUAACUUCAGGGAGGAGAUGCCUGGCUUGAGUUCCACUGGGAAUGGGGCUCUUCUGUGCUACUAGGAGGGCUUUUGGGGUUUACCUGCCAAAGCACAAAAGAGGCAGGGACCCGGGAAGGCCAGCUAGAGGAUGACUGUUCAUUCCUGGCCUCAUUGCCCACAUCCUCCUUUCAGUGCCCUUGCAGUUGAGUUUUAGGAGUUUGCGUGAAUGACACUGAAGAUUACUUUUGGCUUUUAAAACAUCUGUAAGGUUUUAAGUUCUCAUAAGGAUUUCUCCAGGAAAUAUGUGUUCCUUUUAUUAGCCACUGGUCUAGUUAGCCCAAAUUCUUGGGCUAGCUUUUCUUGGUCUCUCCCAAAUCAGACCCUUGGGUAGGAUUUGUGUCCUCACCCCUAGUUCGAGUCUGUCUUUGUCCUGUAUGGUUGUUCCUUCUCUUUUUGUCUUAAAAGCUUCCUAAACAAGGACACCUGUGCAAAGACCCAACCACUCCUCCUCUCUGGGUGCUCUCAUCCUAAGGCCCCUCACUGCCACAUUUGCAGGAAUAGCUUGCAUUCUCACGGUGGAGUUUGAAGGCCGUUUUCUAGAGGGAGGAGCUGGUGAGCAGAGCUCUCUUCUGUUGGCAUUUAUUUCCAUCGCAGUAAGUGAUCUAAGGAACAACCAAGACUUCAGAACAUGUGUAAAAUCCCAAGUGUCCGGGCGUCCUGAGACCAGGGUUUUUCCACCUCAACACUAUUUGACAUUUUGUACCAGAUAGUCCCUUGCUGUGUCAGGCUGUCCCGAGCAUUGUAGGAGAGCUGCUGAUAUUCCUGGCCUCUACCCAGCAGUUCCUCCUCCCCCCAGAUGUCACAGGCCACAGUGUCCCCAGACAUUACCCCAUGUCCUGUGGGGCUCAACAGCACUCCCAGUCUUAAGUGACUCCUCUGAAUCUUAGGGUCGUAUUAGCACAUUGGUGGUGGUUUUCCCUUUUAUUUUGCCCUGCUAAAGCUGUCUACUGGGAAUCUUGUUUGAGGUCCUCAAGAGGCAGCUGGGAAUGUUAAUAUUAAUCAGAUGACACUGUGUUCCUGUUUCAAAACUUCUCUUUCCUAGCAGUCUCUCAACCUACAAGUAUUCUUUUGCUCAUCUCUGGUGAAGUUAAAAACCAGCCAGUCACUAUCAUCCCUAUCAACUAACGCCCGUUUAAAGAGCAUUUCUGAUUUGACUUUCAGAUCCAGUAAUUUUCAUUGUCAUAAGCUCAUGGGUGUCCUCAUCAAACCUUCCAUCGCUUCAGUUGACUACUCUGGGGUGCUUCUACAUUUCUGCCUUCCUGUGAGUACUGUUUGUAGAAUUUACUGCAACCUCCAGAACACUUUCUUUUCACCUCUAGGAUGGAGAGAGGGAAGAUCUGUUCCAGAAAAGGGUUUAUAGCUUUUUUCUUUCCUGAGCUAAAAGAGAGCACAGGUUGUUCUCCUUCAUCUUGUGGGCGAGAAGGUUGGUGCCCAGAGGGGACAUGGGAUGACUUGCCCAAGUCAUCCCGCUGGGUGGUGACAAUCAAGAUGAGCACUCUUCAGGGCUCUGCCUCUUUAAUCCUCGGCCUCUUCCUGCAGAGGCCAUUCUUCUUCGGUGCUUUAUGCUUACAUGAUCCCAAGGAGGAGUGGAGAGGGUUGGUCAGACAAGGGGGCGGUGCAGCAGCCCAGUGUCACCUGCUGCCCUGUAAUGUGUCCCUGCCAGCCCUGGUCUCCGAGGCAUCCACAGGCAGGAGGAAACACUGAUGAGCCUUUUCGCUUCCUCUGAAGAGGACAUUUCACCUGCCACAGUCUCUGAGUCCAAUUUCUAUUUGCUGAGCAUCCCAGCAGCAAAGUCCUGUCUAAAACCAGCCCCUGAUCUGAGCACUUGGUGUUAAAAGUCCCCACGUGACUUUUAAACCCAAAGCUUCUAUAGGUUUCAAUACUGUGGUGGCUUUAGCUGUUGUUUUUGUACAACCAUAAAUUAUUUAAAUCACGUGAGAGGACAGUCAGUUUUACAAACCAGGUACAUAUAAUUUGUAUACUUUUGUAUAUGCUCUGGUACACUACACGUGUCCUAACAAAGGGUAGAGCUCAUUCUGUCUGUCGGUGUUCACGCCUGUGACACUAGGGGGAUGUCUGCAUUGCUUAUUUCUUUAUGUUGAUGUUUCUGUGGCAAAGCCCUGCACGCAUCAUUUCUGAAAAGCCUUAAAUCUCGGAGACAUUGCUUGUAGGUUCUGCAGUGCAAGAGGCUGCCUCAGAGCUGUGAGCCCUUUUGUAAGCUGGAAGCGUUUCUCUUACUACUGUUACUUUUUAAGGACGUUUUCAAUUCAGAGCUGCCAAAGCGUUCAGUAAGCAGUGCCUUAGUCAUACCUUGGUCGUGCCGCCAGCCUUCUCUCACAACUAUCUCAUUGUCUGCGCACAAAUUGGCCCAAUCUUCGAAACCGGACAAGAAAAACUUGUUUUCGUUAUUCUGUUCCUUAAGCCCAUUUUUCUCGGUUCCAUUGGAAACUGGUGACUUGAUCUAAAAUCUGAAACUGAAUUCAAGUCAGUUCUUUGACCACACUCUCCAUUGUCUAUACCAAAACAAAAGGUUGCAACUCUGUAGUUUACUAUGAAAAGUAAAUUGUACUUUCAUUGUGGCCUUUUGAAUUCCUGACCAAAUACUUAGCUAUUUGUGAAUCUUCUGCACUCUAGCAUGAAAGUGCCUUUGGUUUGAGAUUCCAGCUUAGAAAAGUGCUGCCAUAAUAAUGAUAAUUUGUAGAGAGACCAAAAAUAUUUUGAGAUCACCGUAAUGCCUUUGGUGUACCGGGAUGAGUAACCAGCCACAGGGCUCUAUUCACAAGAGUGCAACGCAGGCUGCCUGCUGCAGCUCUGUCCACCAGUGGGGACCCCACCUGCACUCACCCACAGCACACCACAGCAGGCGCGACCCCGAACUGUUGUGCUGUGUGUGCCGACCACCCGGCGCGUCGUUUCUGAUCGUCACCCGGCCCUGCAUCCCUGUGAAGGAAUUUCCGCACAGACAGCAGAAUCUCGGCCAGUGGACAGAUGGGACCGCUUUCGCCUUCUCCUUGUGUCUGCUGAGUCUCUCUGGAGACGCCCGUUCCCACUCACAUGACAGCGCGCACUUACCUGGUUCACGCGAUGGGACCAUUGGGAAGGUUGGAACCCUCAAACUGAGAAGACAGUGCAGAACAAAAAAUGUGUUAGGGUCAUCACAAUUGAAGUGUCCUUCUGAGGGCAAAAACGUUGACUUUGAGUGUUGUACAUGAACGUGCUAUGAGAGACUUCCAAAGAGCACCACUCACAAUUCGGCCUUUGCAAAGAAUGUUCCAGCCCUGGAACGGGGCAGCUGUUCAGUGUGUGUCGGCUUUUACCCAAGCCUUGUCUAAAUUGGGAAAAUUGGUAGAGGUGAGGAAGAGGAAUGAAAAGGACGAGGCAAAAAAAAAAAAAAACAAAAAACCCUAAAAACUAAACAAAAAACACCAGCCAAAAAGAAGCCAGGAAAAAAGUGAUUUUUUUUUUUUUCCUGCUAAUAUUGAUUCAAAAGUAACAUCAGACAACUUUGAAAGUUAGCCUCUCUUAAUACAUUGUCUGUGUGUCUCUCCCGGUGUCUGUCGCCUCUUUAGGCUGUGCAGUUCUACCCCAAGUUGUGAGUUCUUAUAAAAGUUCUGUAAAUGAACACUGAAAUGAAAAGGAAAAUUACCGUACACAAGUGCGAGUUAGCUGCCUCCAUUCGCAGCUUCUCCCCAUCGGGACUCUGUACCACAACUUGGAAGAAAUUAGUCAAAUGUGUUUUUUCCUGCUCCUGUUUUGAGCUGUUACUGUGUUUUUGUUUGAAGAUAGUUUUCUCUCAUAGACUCUUUGCUUAUAUCUUUAACAAUGAAGGUUUUGUGUUUAAAAUGUAUGCAUUGCAAAGGUAGUUUCACUGAAGUCAUGCACCCUUGAAUAAGAUGAAAUGUUUGUAUUUAUUGUCCUACUUGCUAAGCUGUAACUUGUUUUACUCUGUGAAUCUGCAUUGAGUCACUUGUACGCCACACUAUGUCAUUUUAAUAUCGGAAACGGCAUUUACGCUCCCUCCUGUUCGUCGCUGGGGGGAUCAGAAUUCAUUAGAUUGCACUAUGUUCUGGUUGACCCUCAUCUGCCUUCCAGGAUGAGUUGGCUCUGUUGUCCCCUGCUCUAGGAGAGCGGACAGAAUCUAGGCAUCAAUCAAUUGGAAAUCAGUCCCUGAUUUUUUUCAUUUUUUGCAUUAAUCAUUUUCUGUGAUUAGUUUUCACUGUGUAAAUUAUAUGUUAACUGUACUUUUAAAAAAAUGUGCAUCUAUCUCCCUGUGACCUCCUUGUAAGAUUUACUUCUGUAUGCCUUUUUUUUUAAAGUAGGCUUACAAUUGCAGACAAGGAAAAAAACCAAGUAAAAACAAAAACAGUACGUGCCUAAAAAAUGACAAAAAAAUUUUUGUAACGUUUAAAAAACCUGAACAGCCUUUACUUCUUUAAUAUGCUCCAAUUUUGUGUAAAUUGGUUUUUGCCACGUGUGUUUGUUCGCAUUCUAAAUGACUUAAUGGAUUCUCACAGUCUGUAUGUCUGUCUCGUGUGUAGAAUGGGCUUGUGAUGUAAGCUGUCAUCUGGUCAGUGGUUCCUUUGAUAUUGUACUGCUGCUGGGACUACGCUGUGGAACCUGCCUUUGGGAAAUAGGUUCCUCUGGGGUUGAUGGGUGAGAUGGGGGUAGGGUGGGCAAAUUCACACGUUUCCUUAACCUAUUUGCAGAAAUGUUCAAAAGGCAUUUGGUUAAACCUUUUGGCAGUACAGUAUUCUUGUAUCUGUUAACGUUUGUGUUUAGGUACUGGUACCUUUUGUUUAAAAAUGUUCUAAGUGUUGGCUUUAAAGUGAAUUUAUCUUUAGUAUGAUAGUUAUAUGAAAAUUAUAGGGUUUGUGUGCAGAGAAUUUUUUUAUAAAGUGCUUUGUAAAAAAAAAUAUGUAUUCUAGCUUUCGCGGUACAUAUGUGUGAUAACUUUAAUAUCCAUGACAGUUAAGUGCAAUUAUUUCAUCACUCUAAAAAUGCUAUUUUUGUGUCAGUUCCUGCAGGUGUUUUCAUGUCUUUGCAAAGUGACACAUUUUGAUGCCUUCUUGAUAAAAGUGGUAGACAUUUUGUAGCUUUCUAGAAACUUUGUAUUCAUACGGUAUCAAUGAAAAAUAAAGAAAAUGAAAGUGUGGGUCACCUUUUUUAUCUGCAAAA